GGCGCUGGAGUCGGGAGUGCCUCGGGCGGAUGGCUGUGGUGUUUUGGUCAGCCGUGGCCAGUCUUGCUCAAUGCAUACAAACGUUCACACACAUAUAUACGUAUAUAACAGUGCCCAGUGCUUCCCUAUCAUCGGCAGCAGCUUCUUCGUGGCCCGACGUCACCAGAGAGGUGAGGCAUGGGGCAGCGCUACACACGGGCUGCACACUGUGGAAGGCCGACAAGUCCCUCCUGGCAAAGCUGCGCAGGAAGACAGGCUUCUCCAUCUCCAACUGCAAGAAAGCCUUGGAGCUCCACGACAAUGAUGCUGAUAAGGCUGAGUCGUGGCUCCGGGCGCAGGCUCAGGCACAGGGUUGGGAGAAGGCCACCAAGCUGUCUGGCCGCAGCACCACACAGGGGCUGGUGGGCAUCCACAUUGACGGCCAGAGUGGAGUGCUGGUUGAGGUGAACUGUGAGACAGACUUUGUGGCGAGGAACGAAAAGUUUGCCGCACUUGUCUCACAAGUCACCAGGGAUUUCUUCCAGCAGGCAGCCACUGCCACACCUCCUGCCCAGGGUGUUGUGAAGGAGUCAUUCUCAGAGGAGCAAGUUAGAGCAGUGGCGACGGAGGAUGGCAAGACCCUAGGGGACAAGCUGGCCCUGGCCAUCGGCACCAUCGGGGAGAACAUGAGUCUGCCGAGGGCCACCCGUGUCACUGUGGACCAGGACACCCAGCUGGUGGGCUACUGUCACCCCAGCACUAUGGACCAGGACAUGCCUCGGGGAAGGUAUGGCUCCAUCCUGGCACUCAGGACCCACCGCCCACUCACUGAGGUGGCCAAGCAACUGUGUGCACAUGUCAUAGGCAUGAAUCCAAAGGCCAUAGGAGAGGAGGGCGACCCCAAGGCUGAGAACCCUGAUGAUGAGACUCUAAUGUUGCACCAGGAGUUCCUCAGUGACCCAAACCUCACAGUGGGGGAGGUGCUGCGGGAGGAGGGGCUGCAGGUGGUGGACUUUGUGCGGUAUGAAGCGGGAGAGACACAGGUGAGGGAGGAGUGAGGUAUUGCCAGGUCUGUGGAGGUUCCUUGCACUCUCUGGUACUGUGUCCUCACCUCAUUCAUAGCAGUUCAAGUUGUUCUAUUCAUUUUUCUUAGUUUUGUGUUGGUGUUAAUUUUUUCAAUGUUUUUCUCAUUUACUGUCAUCAUAUUCAUAUCUGCAGUGUUAUUGAGGCAGUUUGGUAGUGUGGUAUAGUGUGUGGUGGUGAAGGAAAGGCUGUGGUAGUGUGAUGUGUGGUGGUUGAAGAGAGUGUCAGUGUAGUGAAGUGAAAGGAGUGUCUGUCUCAUUCCUGGCACCUCAUUCAUUCAUUGAUCACUACCACACUUCACUCCUACUGUCCCGUCUGCCUCACUAGACACUCAAAAGUCAUACUGCUCCCUCUACUUCACUGUGACCAAAUACUUGUUCCCAUUACUGCAGCCAUUCUAGGACAUCACCAUCACUUGCCAGACUCUCCUCACUCAUGUGUCUCAUAAAACAAAGAAAACAACAGUUGCUACAAGAAGCCAUCGAGCAUACACAAGGCAGUCCCUGUAUGAAACAUGUCUGCCUAUUUCCACCCAUCCAUAAGUUUGUCUAAUCUUUGAUAGCUCCUUAUUGAUUCGGCACCAACAUUGUUCUGUUCAUCUUCCACUCUAUUUAAGAACAAGUCUCUCUCUCUCUCUCUCUCUCUCUCUCUCUCUCUCUCUCUCUCUCUCUCUCUCUCUCAUCUAAAUUUAGUUCAUUAUUUUACAAGUUGAAAUAGGUUCAUCUGAGAAUUAUUCUUUGUAGUGUUAGUUCAUGUUGCAAAGUAAUAAGCUGUGUAUAAGAUGAGGAGCAAAUGCAGUUUUUUUCAAGUUUUAAAUGUAUGCAGAAGAGGAGAUAAGGUUUUCUCUGAGAUGUAAAUAGCAGAGGUGUGUACAUAAUGUAUUGACUCAUGAAUAAAGUCUUGAAUUAUAUACA